GUCACAGUCCAGUUGAGGCGCAAGGGUCCUCCGGCUAAGGACUACGGUCCCUGGCAGUCCGGGACAUUAUGCCAGGCGGCGAGGGGUCCCCGAUCAAUCUCCUCGACCACCAUCAUCGCGCGUCGACUGCCGCCACCACGUCCACGACGAACGAGUGCGCAAACGGCGACGAUGUUAGGACCGCGUCAUCGGCGACUAGCACCGGCACGACCUUCAGCGCGAUGACGAGCGCCCUAGCGGGCGACGGUCUCCGUCGCAGAAAGGUCAUACACGCGGCCCGAGAGACCCUUGAUAAGGCAUCCCGUCUUUUAAGACGAAAAAUACCAUGUACAGGCCAUUUAAUGACCCCCCGCCGCCUAUGGAUACAAAAGGUUCCUACUCAGGAAUGCGACGUAGUCAUGAUGUUCCCUAACGGGGCAAACGACGAGACCUUGAUGUGGCUUUUAGGUCGGCUCCGGGCUGGAACCCCGGGGCUAGUAGUUCACGUGCGACAUCAUGCCUCGUCGGACAGUUACGGGUUUUACAUCACGGCACCAUUUAACGUUCUGCUCAAGGCCGCCGAGGAGGUGCAUCUUCCAAAGUCCCUUAGGCAGGAGUUCGGUGGAGGAUUCAAGGAGUUCGUCGGCUCCGAGGCCAACUGCUUCGAGGGUAGCGACGACGAGGUCCGAUUCUUCACUACCCAGGAAAGGCAGUCCCUAGUACUGCACUUACUAAACACUCUGAGGGCCGGUCCUCAAGAUCUCCAUAGUCUAGCCGGUCUUAAGAUGGUGGAGGGUCAAGCAAUUAUCCCAAAGUGCAUUUCAUCUGGUAUUAUUUCUCAGGUCUUCCCUCUUCACGAAUUACCCGCGUUAGAGAAACUGCAACGGAGCUGGGUCCGCGCGUUCCUCAGCCCCCAACCAUUGGACGAUAUUUGUAAAUAUUUCGGGGUGAAAAUCACCAUGUACUUUGCCUGGCUCGGCCACUACACUACCGCUUUGAUCGUUCCAGCUGCAGUGGGUGUCAUAUAUUGGGUCGGCAUCAUUGGCAGGAACCAAGCGGUGGAGGACGUGGCGUACGUUCUGUUUUCGGUGUUCAACGUGAUAUGGGCUACCGUAUACCUGGAGACAUGGAAAAGAAGGGGCGCGGAAUUGGCGUACAGGUGGGGCACUUUGGAUCAGAGGGACGAUUUAUUGGUCGAGCCUAGACCUCUGUUUACAGGAACACUAGAGGUUUCACCAGUGACGGGUAGGCUGGAACCGACGUAUCCCAGGUGGCGAAGAAAUAUGUUUCGAUAUUUCGUGAGCGUGCCUAUCAUUGCAAUCUGUUUACUCUUCGUCUUCAUCGUUAUGAUUCUGAGUUUUCAGAUACAGGAUUGGUGGGACGCACAUCUCGAAUCAGGAGGCUAUGGAUUCUGGCUAAGCUACGUGCCAAAGGUGUUGCUGGCAAUAGUGAUUGCGUUAAUGGAUGAAGCGUACUUCAAAGUCGCGGUGUGGUUAAACGAUUUGGAAAACUAUCGACUAGACACCGAGUACGAGAAUCAUCUGAUCUACAAAGUGGCACUGUUUCAGUUUGUAAACUCCUUCCUAUCGCUGUUUUACAUCGCCUUCUAUCUUCAAGAUCAAGAGAGACUCAAAGAGCAAUUGGCGGCUCUACUCAUAGCUCGUCAAGUGAUCGGCAAUCUGAAGGAAUCCGCGGUGCCAUACCUCAUCGAGCAACUACGGCUGGCACGGCUGAGCUUCGAACUGUUCGGGGCCUUGAGUCCUAGCGAGGCACGGCCACCCCCAGGCCAGGAGGGUGAAGAGGUACAGGGUGGUAAGGACACCGAGGAAAAGGACGAACGACCUGACAGCGGCAAAACGAAGCAACCGCGAAACGUCAGCCAGGCAGAAUUGGAGAGUUCCCUCUACAGAGUAGGGCAUCCCACUAAUUCUCUACUUAGUGACGUUACGUUCAAGUAUGACGGGGCGUUUUCAGAGCAUUUGGAAAUGUUAUCGCAACUAGGAUACGUCUGUCUCUUCUCGUCUGCAUUUCCAUUAGCUGCGAUGGCCGCUUUACUUGGGAAUUUGCUCGAAUUACGCGGCGACGCGUUCAAAUUAUGUUUCGUGCUUCAACGACCUUUUGGGCGUAGGGUCUCGAAUAUCGGUACAUGGCAAAACGCCAUGGAGGCAAUGGGCUUGGUCGCUAUUUUGGUAAACUGCGCUCUAAUCGGAUUGAGUGGGCAGGUGCAACGAAUGUUUCCGGAGAUGUCAGCAACGCAAACCAUUUUACUAAUCGUGGCAUUGGAACACAUCAUGUUCGCUAUUCGAUUUGUGAUUAUUUGCGCGAUUCCCGAUAUACCUCAUUGGGUCGCCACCGAGAUGGCUAAAGUGGAAUUCUUAAGACGCGAGGCAGUUCGAAGGCUAUCUUCGACUCCGUCACCGGAACAACAACCAACGACAGUGAUAGGGAGAUUCGUGGUGAGUCCAGCAGACGGAGAAAGCGAAGAGCAGAUGCUUUCCGAUCGCGCUGCUUAUGCGUCCAGUCGGGCGGACACCCCGACCCUGGCUUCGACCACCACCCACACACCAAGUGGUCCGACAACGCCGAGUGCCGCGUCGGUGCCGAGGAUCGCGGAAACACCACCUACGGCCGGAACCCCCGGCAGCGGUGGAAGCAGUAGCGAGACCAGUCCGUUCUUACCCGAGAGUAAUUCCAACGUCACCCGGGACAUUCGUAACACGCCGAGAUGUUCCAUACCCGGAGGCGAACGAGUAGGAAGACGCUCGAGGGAGUGGUUAAGCAACGAACCGGAAGCGUCCGGUACCAACGAUCAAUACGGCCAUCAUCUGACCAUCGGACCACACGGCGGCGUCGAUUGGGUACGUCGAUUAGGUUUAGAGCCAGGUGGACGAAAAUCGAGUGAUUCCGAAAUUAGCGGUGCCGCUGCAGUGAGCGGACGGGAGGAGGAAUUAACUUUGCACAGGUCAACCGAUUGCAUCGUCUCCAAAGAACUCGCUUCUUCCUCAGACAGCGAUCUUCUCAGAUCGGCACCGCCCUGGGCGGCAGCUCAUAGAAACCAGAAGUUCCGCUUUUCGCCCGAAAAGGAAAAGGAACGCGAGAAGGUGGAGAAGCAACAGUACCACCAGCAGCAACAACAGCAUCAUCAGCGGGAAACUCGAGAAACCCGGGAAACCCGGGAAACCCGUGAAACUCGUGAAACGCACGAUCAUCGAGCGAGCGAGCGGCAGUCUUAUCUCGCCGAAAAGGAGAAAGACUCGAGCGGGCUGUCGGAUUCCAGCAAAACCAUCUCGAGUCAAGAAGAGGAGAAACCGACGAAGGAGGAACGGGAGGCGAAGAAGACGCGCGUGAAGCAAAGCCUGAUGAAACGGGCGCGCUCGGUGGCGAUCUUCUCGCUAAAGCUGAAGGAACGUCGCGCACGGGAGGCCGAGCUUAAGGCCAAGGAAGCGGAAAGGGAGGCCAGGUGGCAACAGCCGCAAUCGUGCGUCGGCGGCGAGCUCUCGUGCAUCCCCAUAGAAAAGCUUAUCUCCGUGGACGACAUCGCGGCCAUGGAAAUGCGUCGGCCGAAUCAUUAGCCGCUUGACGAUUCAUCUUUCUCACACUUUUAUUUCCACGCUACGUAGAGAGCCGUUCGCGUACCGCGACACGCGGAUUUCCGCAACCGACGCGACGCGCGACGGCGAGAUCGCGUUCUCCGCGUUACCGGACGAGAGAAAAAGGCGCACAAAAUCAUCGCAGACACAAGGGAUCCCAUAGACGACAGUUCCGUAGACACUACUCCCGAUACCGCUCUCUAGAUCCAGGGCAUCGAACCGCGAUCUCCAAUUCGGUUCGGUUCCGGAACGGAGUGCGGCACACUUUCCAAGAUUCUACACGGAAAAGGGAAUCUGCCAAUAGCUAUCGAAUGUUGAGCAAAAUAAUUUCAUUCAACAUUUGAUAACUAUUACAGACUCUUGUUUUUAGUGUAUGCAAAUAAUGACCAUGUUCCAUUGAUAAGGACUGAAAAUCCUUAAACACGGAUUUGCGCAGAUCUUGAACUGACAUCGUGGCUAACGGUAUGAAGCUUUAAACAUGACGUAUCUUUUUUGAAGAGAAGGAAAAAUAAAAAUUUCGCUAAUUUGUAGCGGAAUGAUUUCGCGGGAGAUCGCAGAGUAUUAAUUUUGGGACAAAAAACAAAUUUUACCGAUUCCAAAAAAAAUCGAUGCGAUAAUUUUAUGAAGUGGAGAACUUUACUACUAAUUUUCUAAUUUCUACUAAUUUUAAGAAUUUCUCAAACUCCAAAUUUUGCAAAACAUUUUAAUUAGAUAGAUUAUCCUCGGAACACGCAUUGGAUAGCUGAAAUUAAUCUAUGGCUACGUUAAUCUAUGGUUAACGUGAAAUCUUUAUUAUGAAUUUUAUUUCCGAUACGCUUUAACGCGCAGUUCCGAAACCGAACGUAUAUCCAUUCCGAUAAUUUUAAUUUCUCUUCGAUUCGAUGCUCUGCACAUUCUCCUAGCCUAUUAUAGGUCGCUCGACGUCGUAGAUCGUUGAGCUCCAAACGUUCCGUUCGUGCCGUCAGUAUUCUACGCCGAAACAGAAUUAUCCUCGGCUGUGCUCCAUAACGCGCGUGUAAGGGAAAUCCUAAUGACGCAGUCGGACCCGGCGAUUCGUCGCGGAAUAAAGAGAUAUACCGAAAAUGGAAUAUAAGUCAGGAAAAUCCCUCUCAGAGAAGAAUGUAUGAUGUGUCCGGUUACACACUCGCUGAAUAGCGAGCCGCUGAGUCGGCGCGAAACUCAACGAAAAAUUUUGAAGAAGGAAACUUUGUUGUUGUUGCGGUAAUAAAUUGUUAAUUAAUCUAUAAAAUUUUAGGCAUUAAUGGAUUAAAGAAACUUUUUGCUAAAUAGAUCUCUACGAAGGCAUAUCACAUUGUCGAGGCCAUCCGCGUUGUCGCCGUCGCCUCUCAAGUUUCGUGUCUUCGUCCCCUAAAAUCGGACAUGAUGUAAUAUGGAUGCAGGAUGGGUUCGCGGCCACGUGAAACUCAUCGGCGAUGAAAUAAUGAGUCAAAGACCAUCAGGGUGCAUGGUACACGCGAAGCUCUUCGUCCAGACACGAAUUAAAGGAUCUAGUGGUCGUUUUUGUAUAUAGCGAAAAAAUGUUACGCAGAGAGUUGUAAAAUCGGUUUCCAUGGCCUAGCCUCAUGUCCCCGUCCGCGGCUGAACUUUAGCGCAGAGAGUUGUUGAGUAUUACAUACACGAAUACAUGUAUACAUACACACAUACAAAAUAAAUACAGAUACAUUACAUUUUAUUACAUUUACCAAUUGUUAGCUUAGUAUUUAUUAAUCAUUAGAUGCAUCCACAUUGAGCACUGUUGAGCAAACCGAUAAUCGCAUUGUACGUAGCGUACCCUUCGGGAAUUUGCGAGACACAAGUGCAUUAGAUGCAAAAUUGAUAGAUUAGCCGCUUUUCGUAAAGGCAGGUCGGAAUAAAUUCAGCCGGAAGCAUCUGUGUUUGUUAGAUGUUUUGUAUAAAACAAGAGAAUCGAG